AUGGCAAGGCAGCAAGCUCCUAAUCCUGGUUUCCUAAUGGAAAACAAGGCAAAAGGUAGUAGAAAUGAACAUGUUUCAAGUACUUUGGAACUGGAGAUGUUCUCUACAUCAACUAAUGAUAUAGAUACAAUGCUUCAGAAGCUAUUUGAAGGCUUCGAACAAGCAAAACACAUGGAAACUUCUAAACACUUUUGGAGCGGUUGGCCAACCGCCACUAUCUCCCAGAACUUGUGUAGUGCGAACUUGCUACAAGAAGAGGCUAAUGGUACCAUUGUUGUUCUGGUGCCUCCUCACCCCUCUGCUAAUGGAGUUACUCCACCUCCCAUUCCUGCCUUCCGACCACCACCCCCCCCUCAAGCAGCAGCAUUUCAGCCAAUGCCAAGAGCAGGGCAACCAGCAUGGCAUCAACAGCAGCCUAGACUCCCGCCUGGAAUGCCCCCACCUCAGGUUCAGCAAUUCCAGCCACCUCCACAAGCUGUUUCGGCUCUUCCACCACCAACAGGAAUGGUAAGUCAACCACCUGUUUGGCGACCACAACCACUGCCGCUACAACAACACGAUGGACGACCUAUGGCAUAUCCUCAACCCUCAAUGCCUCCACCACCUUCCUAUAGCCAGAUGCCGCCACCUCAAUGA